GACGCGUUGGGUGAGACCAGGGAGGACGUGUGACAGUGUUAGUGUCGCUGUGCGCGUGUUCUAUUAGCAGAUGUCGACACUCAAACGGAGUUGUUGUAGUUUGGGAUGACGAAGUACGGUCUGAUGGCGAGUUUCAAAUGUUCCGGGAGCUGGAGGACGGGAUGGUGCGCGUCGGCGUCCAAGAGCGUCUUGUCUAACCACGCACUGAAGUCCCUGGCUCCCACCCUGUGCCUGGCGGGGGUGAUGACAUACGCCCUGGCAGAUGAACUCAGAAACUUUGUGGCCGGCGUCUUCAUCCCACAGUACCACUUCCCCUACGCAGUGGCUCUCUGCUUUGCCCAGGUGCUGAUCACCCUCUUAGUCUUAAAUCUCCUCCAUGUCCUGGAUGUGGUGCCUCUGAAGCGCUACUCCAGGUCGCUGGGGGAGAAGGUGCUGGUGCCCUCCAUCGGUAUCAGCACGCAUGCCGUGCUGGCCAUGUGGGCCAAGGCCAACAGCUCACACAUCAGCCUCUUCUCCCUCACGCAGCCUCUGCUGCCCAUAGCGACCGUGGCUUUCAGUUUCUGUCAGAAGCUGGCGUCGCCUCCAUCCCUCGUGGUUCCGAUUUCCAUCCUGAGCGGAACAUCCCUUCUCGUCACAGCCUGCAGGGGUCUGUCAGAUGUCGAACCUCUGGAGUACAUGUAUGCACCUCUGGCUUUGAUCCUCCACAGUCUGUCUCUGACUUGGCUGGCUAAGGUGUCUGAGGCCGAGCGACGCAACUCCCCCGACGCCCAAGCCUCAGUUUUUGACAUCUACUACGUCCAGCUGGUCAACCAGAGCUGUCUGCUGGGCCUCCUGUGGCUGCUGCACCCGGACAGCCCCCGGCAGGUGUUGGGACACGGCAGCUGGCGGAGCCUGCUCUUCCACGGGUACCUGCUGGCCAUUCUCCUGCUCGGCAUGGCGUUGAACUUCCUGGUCGGUGCGUUGGCUCUGCGAGUGUCACCACUCGCCGCUGCGCUGCUGCACUCAGCGAGGCCGCUGGUGCAGCCGUUCCUCCUGCUUUUGUAGUUCCUCCGGAGACGGGCGGAGGAAGCGGUUAACUUGACAGAGUCGUUGUGGUUUGAGCCCACAACAGAAGUUGUACUGUGACCGGGCGCUGUGCCACGCUCAAAGGGGGUCCGACAAAUGAGAAAUGGGGAAUGAGAAGUUGUUGUGAAAAGUAACUUCACCUUUUCUCCUCCGACACGACCUGUGCUGCUGAGCCACGUGCAGGAUUUUAGCAGAGAGGGAAAUUGUAAACAUGAUAGUAUUUUAUAAAAGCAGAACGGGUUAAGGAUUUACAGUUAAAUUCAUCAGACUUCUUCUUCUCUUUUUUUUUUUACUCACAUGACAGGUUACUUAUCAAAGAUACAAACUGUAUUGCUUUAAUAUUCAUUUUAUGCACUCUACAUGCUCUUUAAACAUGUCUCUAUAUGCAAUAUAGUCCCUUCCGCUUGGUGCUUAUACUGUUCAAGAACAUUGAGGAUUUUUUUAGUUAAAGAUUUGCAGGUUGCAGUAUGAACAAAACAUCUGAUAAAAAAAACAAUGGAUGGAUGCUGCCUUGACGGGAGAUCAGCCGUUUCUGAAAAAAGCAACAAUAAAACGUGUUGCACACAUACAAAUUAGCUGCACAAGUCAAACUAUACAAGCUUUAUUUUAGAGCUGAAACUAAUACCAUCAAGCAUUUAUUAAUAUUUAUUCAUGAAAAGGUAGGUUUUAUCGUUGAAGCUAAAGAGGUGUUUGUACAGUAUUUAAGAUUGACGUCAGAUCUCUCUAAUGAGAAUGGACGAGGAUGAGUAAUAUGUUUAUUUGUACUGAACACAGACUGUUUUAAAUGCUGCUUCCUUAACUUAAAAUGUUUAAACAAAUAUUUUAGACUGAAUUCUUCUUUGGCCAGUGUGCACAAGUUGUUUUCUCAUGGAUCUGACCAGUAAUGUUAGUCUGAUGAGAUGGAAAACAAGUGAAAUACUGCUGAAAAGUCUACUUUAAGUUAUUACUUAAUUAACAAAUAUGGUGUAUUACUAUUUAUUUAGCUUCCUCUCACUAUUGUAUACACUACUGUAUUACAUUUAAGAAAAGCAGAUAAUUCACAUGCAGCAAAAAAAAGUGUAUACAUGAACUGAACUGAAAUAUCACUUUAUUUUCAAAAAUAUUUAUUGUUUCUUACAUACAAAUGUAAAAUGCUUUCAAAAUACAAACAAACAUUACAGAAAACUUCACGUAUUAGAAAUUCUCAAUAAACAUGAUUAAAUUGAAACAUCA